UUUCACAACCCGGACAGGAGCACGCCCCUCCCUCCACCCCCACCCAGUGUCAUCAGCCUGGAAGCCCUGAGAAAGUUCCACUGGAAGGGGCCCCAUGCAAGAAGCACCACCAUUUCCCUCUUCCUCCUGGUCUCGGUUGCUAACAAAUCUCAAGAGCUCUCUGAGAUCGAGUCCGGACCCACAGGUCCCUCCUGGGCGCAGAUGAGUUUCCGGACCGCCGCCAGACUUUUGCUAUUGGGACUCCAGCUGUUCGCCCAAGCCUGGAGCUACAACCUGGACACACGGCAUGCGCAGAUCUUCUUGGCACAAGCUGGAAGACAUUUUGGGUACCAGGUCUUGCAGGUUGGAGAUGGGGUUGUCGUGGGAGCUCCAGGAGAGGGGGACAGCACAGGAAGCCUCUACCGCUGUCAUCCAAGCAGUGGUUCCUGUCAGCCAGUCAGACUACAUGGUUCUAACCAUACCUCCAAGUACUUAGGAAUGACACUGGCGACAGAUGCUGCCAAGGGAAGCCUUUUGGCCUGUGAUCCUGGACUAUCUCGAACAUGUGACCAGAACACCUACCUCAGUGGCCUGUGCUACCUCUUUCCCCAGAGUCUGGAGGGACGUAUGUUAGUAAAUCGUCCCGCCUAUCAGGAGUGUCUGAAGGGCAAUGUCGACCUGGUGUUUCUGUUCGACGGCUCACAGAGCUUGGAUAGAAAGGACUUUGAAAAAAUCCUGGAUUUCAUGAAGGAUGUGAUGAGGAAACUCAGCAACACUUCUUACCAGUUUGCUGCUGUUCAGUUUUCCACAGAGUGCAGGAUAGAAUUUACUUUCUUGGACUACGUUAAGCAGAACAAGAACCCGGAUGUUCUGCUAGGCAACGUGCAGCCCAUGUUCUUGCUGACCAAUACCUUUCGUGCCAUCAACUAUGUGGUGACACACGUGUUCAAAGAAGAGUCUGGUGCCAGGCCGGAUGCUACCAAGGUGCUUGUUAUCAUUACAGAUGGGGAAGCAACUGACAAAGGCAACAUCAGUGCAGCCCAAGGCAUAACCCGCUAUAUCAUCGGGGUUGGCAAGCAUUUUUCAACCGUACAAAGGCAGAAGACACUCCACAAAUUUGCCUCAGAGCCUGUAGAAGAGUUUGUGAAGAUUCUGGACACAUUUGAGAAGCUCAAGGGUCUAUUUACUGAUCUGCAGAAAAAGAUCUAUGCUAUUGAGGGCACAAGCAAACAGGACCAGUCAUCCUUUAAUAUGGAACUCUCCUCCAGCGGGAUCAGCUCGGACCUCAGCAAGGGCCAUGCAGUUGUGGGAGUCGUUGGAGCUAAGAAUUGGGCCGGGGGCUUUCUGGACCUGAAUGAAGACUUUCAGGGUGCCACAUUUGUUGGGCAUGAACCGAUGACCUCAGAUGUGGAAGAAGGUUAUCUGGGUUACACUGUGGCCUGGCUGGCCUCCCGGAGCUCCAGACCACUGCUGGCAGCAGGAGCCCCACGGUACCAGCAUGUGGGACAAGUGCUGCUUUUCCAAGCCCCAGAGGCUGGAGGACAUUGGAACCAGACCCAGAAGAUAGAAGGGACUCAGAUUGGAUCUUACUUUGGUGGGGAACUAUGUAGCAUUGACCUGGACCAAGAUGGCGAGGCAGAGCUGCUGCUGAUUGGAGCACCCCUGUUCUAUGGGGAGCAGAGAGGAGGCCGAGUGUUCACCUACCAGAGAAAACAGUCGCUGUUCGAAAUGGUCUCAGAGCUACAGGGUGACUCUGGCUACCCACUUGGUCGAUUUGGAGCAGCCAUAACAGCCCUGACAGACAUCAAUGGGGAUGGGCUGACGGAUGUGGCGGUGGGAGCCCCUCUGGAGGAUCAGGGGGUUGUGUAUGUCUUCAAUGGGAAGCCUGGUGGGCUCAGUCCCCAGCCAAGCCAGCGUAUACAAGGAACCCAGGUGUCCUCAGGAAUCCGGUGGUUUGGACGCUCCAUCCAUGGGGGGAAGGACCUUGGAGGGGACAAACUGGCAGAUGUGGUUGUAGGAGCCGAGGGCCAGGUGAUUGUACUGAGCUCGAGGCCGGUGGUGGAUGUUGUCACUGAGCUGUCCUUCUCCCCAGAGGAAAUUCAAGUGCAUGAGGUGGAGUGCUCCCACUUAGCCAGUCAGGAGCAGAAGGCAGGUGUCAAGCUCAAGGUGUGCUUCCACAUCCGGCCACUCACGCCUCAGUUUCAAGGUCGCCUGCUUGCCAACCUCAGCUACACCCUGCAGCUGGAUGGCCACCGGACGAGGAGCCGAGGCCUGUUCCCAGGAGGAAGCCACGAGCUCAGUGGAAACACGUCUGUCACCCCAGAUAAAUCCUGCAUGGACUUCCACUUCCACUUCCCUGUCUGCAUUCAAGACCUCAUCUCCCCUAUCAAUGUCUCUCUGAAUUUCUCUCUUUUGGAGGAAGAAGGAACACCAAGGGACCAAAAGGUGGGCAGGGACAUGCAGCCCAUCCUGAGACCUUCAAUCCACGCAGUGACUACGGAGAUCCCUUUUGAGAAGAACUGUGGUGAAGACAAGAAGUGUGAGGCAGACCUGGCCCUGUCAUCUCCUGCCAGAUCCGAAGUUCUGCGUCUGAUAUCCUCUGCCAGCCUUGCUGUGGAGUGGACACUGAGGAACUCAGGAGAAGACGCUUACUGGGUGCGACUGGACCUGGACUUCCCUCUGGGACUCUCCUUCCGAAAAGUGGAGAUGCUUCAACCACACAGCCGAGUACCUGUGAGCUGUGAGGAGCUCAGCAAGGAGUCAAGUCUCCUGACUAAGACACUGAAAUGCAAUGUAAGCUCUCCCAUCUUCAAAGCAGGCCAACAGGUGAGCCUCCAGGUGAUGUUUAACACGCUGCUCAACAGCUCCUGGGGAGAUUUUGUCCAGCUCAAUGGCACUGUGCACUGUGAGAACGAGAACUCAACCCUCUGGAAAGACAACUCAGCCACCACCCGCAUUCCUGUCCUGUACCCUGUCAACAUCCUUACUGAGGGCCAGGAGAACUCCACACUCUAUAUCAGUUUCACCCCUAAAGGUCCCAAGACCCAACAAGUCCAGCAUAUCUACCAGGUGAGGAUCCAGCCGUCUGCCUAUGACCAAGACAUGCCCAUACUGGAGGCGUUGGUUGGGGUGCCACAGCCUCCCAGUGAGGGUGUCAUCAACCACACAUGGAGUGUACAGAUGGAUCCCCUUGUCACUUGCCACCGUGUGGACCUGAAGAGGCCAUCCAGUGAAGCUGAGCUUUGUCUGCCUGGAGUCCAGUUUCACUGCCCAAUUGUCUUCAGGCGGGAGACCCUCAUCCAAGUGACAGGGACUGUGGAACUCUCCAAGGAAAUCAAGGCCUCCUCCACACUCAGCCUCUGCAGCUCACUCUCUGUCUCCUUCAACAGCAACAAGCAUUUCCAUUUGUAUGGCAGCAAAGCCUCCGAGGCCCAGGUCAUCAUGAAGGUUGAUGUGAUCUACGAGAAGGAGCUGCUCCACCUGUAUGUGGUCAGUGGCAUUGGGGGGCUCGUGCUACUGUUCCUGAUUUUCCUAGCGCUCUACAAGGUUGGCUUCUUCAAACGGAACCUGAAAGAGAAGAUGGAAGCUGAUGGAAGUGUUCCAAAUGGAAGCCCCCCAGAAGACCUUGACCCUCUGUCAGUACCUGGGGAAGAGACCAAGGACAUGGGCUGUCUAGAGCCCCUCCAUGAGAGUGACAAGGACUAAGGCCGAGGCCUGAUACACUGCUGGUCCAGGAAUAGACUUGAGAGUCCUGGUGCUGACCAGCUCCAGCCGCAUGCCACUGUGAAUCCUGUCCUUGGCUAGUCAUGGCUCUUCCUAGUCCUCAGUUUCCCUGUCUUGAGCACAGAGCUCAUUCCUAUGUUAUCUACAGGUGCAUGGCAAGUAGGCUAAGGGAGGCCAUCGGUGAAGCCUGUCUUCUGCUAGCCUGCCUUCUUGUCCCUCUGAGAGAAUCUUAGGAGUAAACUUGGAGAAACUGCCAUCUCAGGACCCAGUAAUAAUACUCCAGCCUUCCCAACUGCCCUCGGCUGCCCAACCUCCUGGAUCUGCCCCCCACUCUCUCCCUGCCUGGAGUCUAGCCUGGACUCUGUUGCCAGAUAGCAAAUCCCAUCUGUGUCACUGCAUGGCUACUGUAGAUGCCUUCUUGAGUCAGAGAAAACAUUCCUUGAUGAGCUUUAGAAGGCCUUAUAAAGUCAGGCCCCAGUGGCCUCCCCAGCCUCUGCUGGAGAGGACCCAGCUCCCUUUCCCAGGCUGCAGCUAUCCCAGCCUUUUCGGAGUCUUUCUCCUUCCUAGUGCUAUAUUUGAGCUCAUGUCCUCUCCCCCUGGAACGUUUCUGCCUCCUCUUGUCCUGGCUAAGGAGGGUUUCACACUGUGCACCUCACACCAGCCUGUCCUUGCCUCUGUCCACCAGGUUAUAUUUAUUCUCUCUUUGACGAUUUAUUUAAUUUCUACCUGUCAUUGAGCUCCUUGAGGUUAGGGUAUGCAUCCUGUUCUCCCUGGGAAUCUCUGGUAACAUCAUAGGCUAGGGAGAGAUUUAGUAGGUACAGUUUUAUUGAAUCGAUGAAGGAGGCUCUGGUAGAGAAAUAGCUUGGAUGGGCCCUUGGCAUUGCAUCCUUCAAGGUUCUGCCUUGCCAGGCUCCAUCACACCCUGUUAAGCUCCCCAGCUCCCACCCAAAAGUGGUUCAAGGAGCUCCAAUACAAAGCACAUGUGUGGUAGUUUGAAUGAGAAAUGCCCCACGUAAGCUUGAGCAUCUGAACACUUAGUCCCCAUAGGAUGCUGAGAAAAGUCAUGGGGAGGCACCGCCUUGCUUGAAGAAGCAUGUCAUGGAGAAGGGCUGUGGGGGUUUAAAGACUGCAAGUUCACUCUCGACUUCAUCCCUACAGUUGAUGUGCUUGCUCUUGUGCUUCCUGCUGUCUUGCCUGCUGCUGGCUGCUGUCUUGCCUGCUGCUGGCUGCUAUGUGUCUUUGUCAUCAAAGACUCUUAAACUCUCUGGAACCAUACACCCAAAUAAACUUUCUUGAGUGUGAUAGUUUAUCAUAGCAACAGAAAAAGCAACUAACGCAACAUGCCUGCAUCUGUUUACCCAGUAAAUGUGGAAUUCUGUUUGAUUCUAAUGGCUUUGUGCUAGUGCAGUGUUCCAGCCUGGCUUAUUUAAAUGAAUAUAUUUCCUCAAAUGUUGUACUGGAUAGAACCAAAAUAAUCAGCCCUGCUUCUCUUCUCCUGUAUUAGGGUUGGGUUUUUGUUUUGAUUUCUGUUGCUGCAAUAAAGCACCAAAGCAA